UUACGAAUUGAUAUGUCUGCUGUUCAGAAACGAGGUGCUUUAGUGGUUUUCGAAGGCUGUGACCGCGCUGGUAAAACUACACAAUGCAAAAGGAUAGUGGAAUUUCUGACGAAAGCUGGCCGCAAAGCAAAAUUCAUGAACUUUCCUGAUAGAUCAACUCAAUGCGGUGCCCUGAUUAAUUCCUACCUGAUGCGAAAGGAUGAUUUUACCGACGAAGGCAUUCAUUUACUGUUUUCACUGAAUCGUUGGGAGGCUAAAAAGCAAAUGGAAAAGCUACUGCAAGAAGGCACGACCCUUAUCGUAGACCGAUAUUCCUAUUCUGGUGUUGCGUUCAGUGCUGCUAAAGGGUUGGAUAUCGAGUGGUGUAAAGCUCCUGAGGCCGGUUUGCCUAAGCCAGAUCUUGUGAUUUUGCUUACACUAACCGCAGAAGCGAUGGCGGAACGGGGUGGUUUUGGCGACGAACGAUACGAGGUACCCGAACUGCAAAAUAAAGUUAUGAAGCAGUUCCUUGCAUUGAAGGAUGAUGCUUACUGGAUGGAGAUAAACGCAGACAAAAGCAUGGAUCAUCUGACUACAGAAUUAGGCGAUCUAAUCCUUAGGGUAAUUGAAUCUAGCGAACACAAACCACUGUCGUGUUUAUGGUAAAGUACAUCUCCAAAUACAGAGCAGCAGCAGUGGCCUUUUAACCCAAUGCCCUUCUGGCAUACAAAAAAAACAGCAGCACAUAACGUAGAAAGAAUUCAUCUGAAAUAAUAUUAACCAAUCGAUUUUAUUUUUUUUUUUUUGUUUACGUUUAUUUAUUUUUCAUUUGCAUUCAAUAAUAAACUAUUAUUUUGUUUGUAUAUUUUGAAUUUGAGCUCCUUUCAUGCAUUCUUUCAAGUUAAAAUGUCAGUUUAUAAGGAUAGUUAUUAGUUAAUUCACUUAACAAGAAUAGUUAAU